UUCACGUGAAGCCACUCUCUCCCUCUCUUACUCUCGUUCUCUCUCUAUCUCUUUCGGCUGAAAUCAUGACUGCUCAGACGCAGGAAGAGCUCCUCGCGGCCCAUCUCGAGCAGCAGAAGAUUGACUCUGAUGAACCUGUGAUUGAAGAUGAGGAUGAUGAUGAGGAUGACGAUGAGGAUGAUGAUAAAGAUGAUGAUGAAAUGGAGGGACAAGGAGAUGGUAGUGGUAGGUCAAAACAAAGCAGGAGCGAGAAAAAGAGUCGAAAAGCUAUGCUGAAGCUUGGAAUGAAACCCAUUGGUGGUGUUAGUCGUGUCACCGUAAAAAAGAGCAAGAAUAUCUUGUUUGUCAUCUCCAAGCCAGAUGUUUUCAAGAGCCCGACAUCAGACACAUAUGUCAUUUUUGGGGAAGCGAAGAUUGAGGACUUGAGCUCACAGUUGCAGUCUCAAGCAGCUGAGCAGUUCAAGGCCCCUGAUCUCAGUCACGUCAUCUCGAAGCCCGAGUCAUCAACUGUGGCUCAGGAUGAUGAAGAAGUGGAUGAGACAGAUGUGGAGCCCAAGGACAUCGAGUUAGUGAUGACACAGGCAGGAGUCUCGAAGUCGAGGGCCGUGAAGGCACUCAAAGCUGCAGAUGGAGAUAUCGUUACGGCCAUCAUGGAGCUCACCAACUGAGAAUAAGUUUUGUUUGGUCAAGUUGGAUUUAGCAGCCUCUCCGUUUCUUCAUGGGUUUUCAGAUUUUGUGUUUCCAAGCCAUCCUUUUUUCUCAUCCAAUCAUAUAAAUUUCCUCCAUCUGUUGUAACAAUCUUAUAUAUGGAUGUUUUGAUCAAAAGGUUAAUGGUGUCUGUGUUUCUUUAAUCUACUCACUUCGACCUAAAAAAGUUUGUUUGUUUGGGUCUUGCUUCA